GUACGCAACGGCUGACGACACAGCAAGUGGAUCCGACUACACAGCAAUCACUGCAACCCCAGUGCAAGUUCAAUUUGACCAAGACACCUUUAACAUUACGAUCACCAUUUUGGAUGACACAGAUCUCGACCCUGGAGAGACGUUCCUGGUCAAACUAACAAGCUUCAUACGGGGUGAACCUGACAUGAAUGUGACAGUCACCAUCAUCGACGAUGAACGUCCACCGGUACAGUUGAAGCAGCCUGCUGACAUUGCAAUCAAUGAGAACGCUUCCAACAACAUAACUCUGACACUUGAGAGGAACGACACCUCCACCCACAGCUUCACACUCCAGUUGCACAUCAUCGCUGGUACUGCCGAUGCCGGGACGGACUUUGCACAUUUCGGACUGUGGUUAAAUAUCACAUUUGCUGAAAACGUAAUGAGCGUAACAACUACACUGGCCUCUGUCAUCAAUGACUUGCUGGAGGAACCCACAGAAGCGUUUACUAUUUUCAUCACCGGCGCAGAGAUCAGCAACAACAUCACUGUGACCGUCACCAUCAACGACAACGAUGCUCCAGAUUCCUUCCACUGUGGUAGGGGUAAGAGUCAACCCUGCCUCAACAAUGGCACCUGCAACAACGACGGCUGCCACCUCAACACUGGCUUCUGCAACUGUACUUCUGGUUUCGAGGGAGUAAACUGUGGAAUUGAAAUUCCAAUCGGCGUUGCCCCCAUUGUCAACCAAUAG